CACACCCUAGCUCUCCCCUACUCCAUGAAAAGCAGUCUUGAUAUCAGCUAGUCUACCGUCACUACAGUUCCGUUGCUGAGGGUCCCGAUUUCCCCAUCUGUCAAAACAACAGGCCACACUGGGCAUGGCGGCACACGUCUGUAACCCCAGCACUUGGGAGGCUGAGGCAGGAGGAUCGUGGGGCUACAUAGUGAGACACUUUCUUUUCAAAAAAGAAAGAGAGAGGGAGACAGACAGACAGAGAGAGAAGAAAGCAAUCAAGAGGGCCAGGGGCUGGAGAGGGUUGUUUGAGGGCAGAGUGGAAAGCCGGUCUUGAACCCCAGGACAGUCCCCUAAACAAGCGUGAAGACCCACCCGCGACGUCCUUGAGUAGGAUGCCGCGGCCGACACCGGGCCCCGACGCUCUCCAGAAGGGGGCGCUGGAGGACCGGCGCGGAGCUGCGCGCGCGGCGUGGGAACUUCCCCGCACCGCGCACUUCGAGGCGUCUAGCAGAGGAGACGCGCGUUAGGGACAGAAGGAGAGACUCGAGCACUCUGAGGGCAGCCCGGAGGAAAGAUGGAUCAUGUGAGUGGGCCUGAGAGGUUUAUGGAGCCGAGCUCCCGCGGCUGUAAAUCACUCGGUGCGCUCGGAUAUAAAGCGCCCGUCCAGCCCGGUGUGGGAGAGAGGAGACGCCCGCCGCCCCCUGAACUCCAACUCUGCGCGAGCUCCCAGGCCACUCAGUGACUCCCCUUCAGGCCUCCUGAAAUCGUCCCCACCAUGCUGGAGGCGCCGGGGUCCGGCCCCAAGGAGAGCGCGCCGGCGGCGCGGGCAGCCCCGCGCGAGGUGUGGAAGAAGGGCGGCCGGCUGCUGUCGGUGCUGCUGUCCGUCAACGUGCUGCUGCUGGCCAGCACGCUCGUCAGCGGAGGCGCCUUCAACAAGGUGGCCGUGUACGACACGGACGUGUUCGCGCUGCUCACCACCAUGAUGCUGCUGGCCGCGCUGUGGAUUCUCUUCUACCUCCUGCGCACCGCGCGCCGCCCGGGCGCAGUGCCCUACCGGGACGCACACGCGGGACCCAUCUGGCUCCGAGGUGGGCUGGUGCUGUUUGGAAUCUGCAGUCUCGUCAUGGAUGUCUUCAAGACCGGCUACUACUCCAGCUUCCUUGAGUGCCAGUCAGCCAUCAAGAUCCUGCACCCCCUCAUCCAGGCUGUGUUUGUCAUUGUCCAGACUUACUUUCUCUGGGUCUCCGCUAAAGAUUGUGUUCAUGUGCAUCUGGAUCUGACCCGGUGUGGACUCAUGUUCACACUCACCACCAAUCUGGCCAUCUGGAUGGCGGCGGUGGUGGAUGAAUCCGUGCACCAGGGGAGUGCCCACAGCAAUGCCAGCCACACCCGCCUCCUCCCUGACCCUGAGCGUGUGAGCAGCUCCAGCGGAGAUGCCUGCUCCUGUGACACGGCCGUCUGCCAGAUUUUCCAACAGGGCUACUUCUACCUGUAUCCUUUCAACAUUGAGUACAGCCUCUUCGCUUCCACCAUGCUCUAUGUCAUGUGGAAAAACGUGGGCCGGCUACUGGCUGCCACCCAUGGCCACAGCCACACGGUGUCCCGAGCCAGCCUCUUCCGGGAGACCUAUUUUGCCGGCCCUAUCCUGGGCCUAAUCCUGUUUGUGGUGGGUUUGGCAGUCUUCAUCUUCUAUGAAGUCCAAGUGAGCGAAGAGGGGGGCCGCACCCAGCAAGCCCUGGUCACCUACUACAGUUUCAACAUCGUCUGCUUGGGGCUCAUGACCUUGGUCAGCCUGAGUGGCUCAGUCAUCUACCGUUUCGACCGCCGGGCCAUGGACCACCAUAAGAAUCCCACACGUACCCUGGACGUGGCCCUGCUGAUGGGCGCCGCCCUGGGCCAGUAUGCCAUCUCCUACUACUCCAUUGUGGCUGUAGUGGUGGGCACGCCCAGAGAUCUACUGGGGGCGCUCAACCUGGCCCACGCGCUGCUCAUGAUCGCCCAGCACACCUUCCAGAAUGUGUUCAUCAUCGAGAGCCUCCACCGGGGACCACCCGGCGAGGUGCCUCAAGAGUCUCCUCCCAAAGAGCCCUGCCAAGGUCUUACCUUUGACAACCUGGAUGCCCUCCACACCUUGCCAGCCUGCCCGCCCACACCCAGGCUGGUCACCCCCAGCCCAGCAGACCCUCAGGCAGCAGUGACCGUCAUCUUGGCACCCAGGGACCACUGGAGACGCAGGUGCCUAAAAGACAUUUCUCUGUUUCUGCUGCUUUGCAACAUCAUUCUGUGGAUCAUGCCUGCCUUUGGGGCCCGGCCCCACUUCAGCAACACUGUGGAGGUGGACUUCUACGGCUACUCCCUCUGGGCAGCCAUCGUGAACGUCUGCCUGCCUUUUGGCAUUUUCUACCGCAUGCAUGCCGUCUCCAGCCUGCUGGAGGUCUACGUGCUGUCCUGAGGCCUUGGACAGAGACAUGGGCAUGAGGGUCAGCUUGGCUCAUGCAUCCACUCAGUGUCCCUCUGGGCUGAACCCCUGACUGGCCGACAUAGUGACAUCUUACCACCAUUGUCCACUGGCUCCAGAGUAGACUUUUCACAAAAAUUUAUUUUUCCAAGAUGAGUUUUUAAAUCAGAACAGGAUAUGCCCCUGUCCCGCCCCCCCUCCCCCCAGCAUUACUCUGGGGCCUAGGAUGAUUUGGGAAGGGAAAUCUUCCCCCAAAGCUUUCCUAGGACCUGCUAAGGUCUGGAAGUGCUGAUUCUGGCUCUGUCUUGAACCCAGUGUGCUUUCUGGGACUGGGAAUCAAUAAAACCUCAAUUCACCCCCA